AUGAGCCACCUAUACAACCAUUAUGGAACCUUGACCGGACAAUCGAAAAUUCAUGUGGCCACAAACACUCCAAGACUAGUACAUACUCGAUUGGAUAAGGUCAUGGUGUGCGUCGCCCUGCUAUUCAUCCCACAACCGCUCUGCGCACCACUGAUUGCUAUGUCCAUUGCAUCUGUGGCGCUUGGUGUACUUGGCAUCAUGCCAUUUUUGGGUGUCAAUCUUGACGCAACGUCGAUGAUUACGAUAGCAAUGAGUGUUGGAUUCUCUGUUGAUUUCGCGGCUCACGUCUCAUACGCAUUCAUGACGCAGAAAAUCGCAGAUGGUGACCCGGAGAAUGCACCAUUCGCUCGUCUACGGGGAACGCUCGGUACUUUCCUCCUUGGAAUCUCAUCACUUUCCUUCGUUGACAGUUAUGUUGUACAGACGUGCUUCAAGACUGUUAUACUAGUUAUAACGUUUGGGACAGUUCAUGCUCUAGUGUUUCUUCCGUUAGUGCUGAUGUAUUCUCAUAAAGCCUACUUUUGCUUGGCUGGUCCUCCGACGUCAACGGUCUUCGAACAAAAUUCGUCCAGAAAAACAUCUCCAAAGUGUGUGAAUAGUUAA